UCCCUUCCGGCGCCUAAAAUAACUCGAAAAUAUGGCGAUUUCAAUAUCGGCGAUAAAGGCUUUUUCCUUGAAAUCGCUCCAGCUCCAACCCAAAACGGGCUCUCUGGCAUCAUUUUCUUCCAAGGACAAGUCUUUUCUUGUUGAUCAACGCUUGGUUACUAAAUGCUAUUUCAGCGUCAGAAGAAAAAGACAAGAUCCUCAUGCUAGGAGGGUCUUUUCCGAGACCAGCGAUUUGUUGUCGUCGUUUAUAUUUAGUGAAGUCGAUAACGAAAGCUGGCAAUGGAACGAUUGGAAGGAUGAUGAAGAAGAAGAAGAAGAAGAAGCAAUAAGAACUGCCGGACAGCCUGAGAGAGAGCUAGCUGAUCAUUGGCGGGAGAUGCAUGGGCAGGAAGAUUGGAUGGGCCUCCUUGACCCGAUGGACCCACUUCUGAGGUCCGAGCUGAUCCGCUAUGGCGAAAUGGCUCAGGCCUGCUACGAUGCCUUUGACUUCGACCCAUUCUCCAAGUACUGCGGGAGCUGCCGGUUCGGGCGCAAUCACUUCUUUGAGAGCCUCGAGAUGACCCAUCCUGGGUACAACAUCUCGAGGUACCUGUACGCAACGUCAAACAUCAACCUCCCCAACUUCUUCAAGAAGUCUCGGUGGCCCAAGGUGUGGAGUAGGCAUGCAAACUGGAUUGGGUAUGUGGCAGUCUCGGAUGAUGAAACAUCGAAGCGCCUUGGCCGCCGUGACAUUGCCAUUGCCUGGCGUGGCACUGUAACCCGGCUUGAAUGGAUCGCAGACCUGAUGGAUUUCCUCAAGCCAGUGUCUUCUAACAGGAUCCCGUGCCCCGAUCCAUCAGUAAAGGCCGAGUCCGGUUUCUUAGAUCUCUACACUGACAAGGACGAUGAGUGCAGUUACUGUAGGUAUUCGGCGAGGGAGCAGAUCUUGACUGAGGUGAAGCGGUUGAUUGAGGCAUACCCUAGAGAGGAGCUAAGCAUCACGAUGACAGGGCACAGCCUUGGGAGUGCCCUGGCAAUAUUAAGCGCAUACGAUAUCUCUGAGACUGGCCUAAAUGUGACUGGGGAUGGCCGAUCUGUUCCAGUAUGCGUGUUCUCAUUUGCAGGGCCAAGGGUCGGGAAUGUUCGUUUCAAGGAGCGGGCAGAAGGACUCGGGGUGAAGGUGCUGAGGGUGGUGAACGCUUGCGACAUAGUCCCCAAGACACCCGGAUUUUUCUUCAACGAGCAUGUGCCAGAGAUCGUGAUGAAGCUCGCGGCUGGGCUGCCGUGGAGCUACUCGCACAUCGGGGUGGAGCUGGAGCUGGACCAAAGGAACUCACCCUUCUUGAAGGACACCAACAACCCUGUCUGUGCCCAUGACUUGGAGGCUCACCUCCAUUUACUUGACGGGUACCAUGGUAAAGGACAUAGAUUUGUGCUAGCAAUCAGGAGAGACCCGGCACUAGUGAACAAGGCGGCCGACUUUCUAAAGGAUCAUUACUUGGUCCCACCUUAUUGGAGGCAAGAUCGAAACAAGGGUCUAAUUAGGAAUCAAGAGGGCCGUUGGAUGCAGCCUGAACGGCGAAAACUCGACGAUCAUCUGGAUGAUCAUGAAGCCAAGACUAGAAAUGUGUAAUGUAACUAGGAUAGAAUAUUUGAGCAAUUUGUCAAUUUGUAAUAUUUGGAAACAAGGAAAAUUGCAGAUAUGGAUAGAAGGAAAAUUCAAUUCUUUCUUAACCACCGAAAAAGCAUUUAUGUGUUUGGUUUUAGAGUUGAAUUAAAUUGAGUUUUGGUUUUAAUUAGUUUGUAAUGAUUGUAUUGUUGAAUU